AUGCUCCGGGAAAACAGGAAGCCCAAAAAGAAAGCCUCCAUCGCGGACUGGAGCUAUGGAUUGGAAGCACAGGACACCAAAAAGCAGCAAGAGCAGCCGCAGUCGCCGGAGGAGAAACCUGAGAAAAGGGACCGAAGCAAGCGAAACAAGUUCAACUUCCUCAUGGUUGUGUUGUCUGUAGCCCAGAAGCGACCAGAGGUUGCCGGCAAAGCCAUGACAAAAAAGGUUGGCCACGAAGAGAAGGAGGACCAAGAGGAAAAGAAGGAGCAGGCCUGGGUCGAGGAGCUGGAUCGCAGCAACCCGCUGGCAGCCAAGGCGAGUGGGUGUGACCACUUGGGUUCCAGGAUCAGGACUAACUGGAUUUCGGUCUUGACAACGUCAACGUCUGCUGUUGGCAUUGGUGGCUUGGCAUGGGCGAGCGCGGAGCUUUUUGCCAUGCGAUGUGAACAGCGGACGGGAGACUUCGCCGAGAAUUCCCUGGCCUCCUGGUUGUUUAGCUGGGGCCCUCAAGAAGAGCAUAUGGCCUGGCUUAUGCUCAGAACGCAGUCCGGGUGCCGCACGAACAAGGCGAUCUUGCUUUUGGAAGAGCUUGACGAGGCCGCUGACGCAUCGGGCGGCAAGGGCUCCGGCCCCAGGCUCGACGCCCUGGGAAAACAUGCUGUGGGGGCAUUGAGUAGCACGCUGGAUGCUCUGAGUCUCAACCUGAUGAAUCUGACCCAGGACCUUGGCGACUGGACCCAAAACAGCAGCGAGAAAGAGCCCAAAGGCGGCAAGGGGGCCGUGGCUCAAAUGCUGGAUUUCUUGCUUCCAGACAUGGACCAGGAAGUGGAGGAGAAGAAGGUGUGCCCAGAAGGUUGGGAGCGGGUGCUGGGGGACGUCUACGGCGGCGACCAGUUUUCCGGUGGCUGGCGCCACUCCGCCGAGUCCGUAGAGGACUGUGCCUGGAAGUGUUUGACGCAGCCUGGAUGCGGAAGCUUCGAGUGGAGUGAGUCCAGGAAGAGGUGCUUCCGCAACAGCCAGACGCGACCAACGCAUGAGGCCGAUCGUGCAGGCUUCGUGUUUUGUCGACGCCAACCCUGCCCAAGCUUCAAGACCCACAAGGACUGCGUCGGGCCGGGGGUUUCGCCAGGCUUCUACUCCAAAGAGGUACGGAUGCGGCCAGGCAGCUACUGUAUCUGGUCCGGCGGCGCCUGUCAGGCUCCCAUGGCCUGCACGGACUCGGACUGUUUCUUGCCGGACGGCGGGUUGCCGGGCAUGGACCUGCCCAGUCGCUACACGCUCUGGAUCUCCCGCGAGGGCCUGCAGGCCAGCAUGGCCUCGGCGACCUCGGCGGCCUCGGGCCGGCUUUGA